AUGGCCAUAUUUGAACUAUACAGUUUCGCUGUCUUAUAUGCUCAUGUCACUUAUCAAGUUCUGCACACCAAUAUCCGGUCUCUGCGUGGACCAGCUGUAGGUGUCGGUCCUCUCUUCUUCUCUACCAAAUUCCUCUUCAGGCUCCUUGGGAGCACCUUGGUUCCUGUGUAUCAACCCGAGGCAUCCAUCCUACAGCUCUUACAGCCAGUUGCCUCUGGUGCCUGGCCUAGAACGCAAGCGAGCUCAGUUGAGGUCGUUCGUAGCCCGGGUGGUAAACGCAAGAUUGUUCACAGACCCUUUGGUGUUGAAGGCACCGAAUACGGCAAAUCUAAAAAGUUGAAGCCGGGAACAGAAGAAAGCAGAUCGCCUCACCUGCCUCAUGAUAAAUCACAUCUCCCUUCGGAGAUAUGUCAUCAUGCCUUCACCUUCGUCUCCACCAGAGGCUUGGGUGUUUUGUUGCAAGUCAAUAAGGUUUUCAACGAAUACCUCGAUCCCCGAUCUCUUGUCAAAAGUUCCGCCUCUCCCUCGAAAUACUCAAAUUACGUCAAACCACUCGAGCCCGAUGCAAUCUGGCAGUUGUCGCGGAGUCAGCAACGUUAUGGAUACCUGGAUUCCUGCCGCUUAGGACCCGGCUUUGAUGGCCUGGCCACCAUGUUCAUCUUCGGCGUCACCUGCUGGGGCAUCUGUUUGUUGAAAGACACCUUGAAGAAAAUUGACUUACUGCUUGCAUCUACGAUACCUUCGCUCAUACCUGCACUAGCACACGUUUAUGCUACGAUUGAACUACAAGUCUUGCCGUUUAGCGCUCUAGAAAACGUUGCAGUUCACGAUAGACCGGAAACCACCAAAUUAUACUCAAUUUUGAGCAUUGAGUCUGCAAACAAGAAACUAAGUGCAGCUCAGGAUAUCGGAGCAGCGGCAGUUGAGGAAUGGUUGAAAGUUCUCGAUACACGAGGCAAGGAGCUUAGGAGCGAUGCCUCUCGAUGGGAGAGGUGGACUAUUGCUGAUGGGCUGGCCCCCAUAAACCAGCCAUUACAUCCCCGGUCAAUAUUCGAACCAAAGGACUCGGCGCAACAGCUCCAAUACGAAGUUCCCUCAUGCUCCCAGCUACCGUCGCCAAUUAGAAGUGCCGCAAAGAUCAGUCACAAUCAAUACUAUGCUUUCCCCGGUACACCAGUUGGACUCGCCAACGAGUUCAUUCGCAACAGCUGGGGAAAGGGUCGCAAGGUCAACAAGAGAAACAGCACUCAACUCGCGGCAAAUGUUCUUCUCUCAGUACCGUCGCGGUUUCACGCCGACGUGGCGCAAGACGACGAAGCUAUAAUCACAGCUGGUCAGCCGCCAGUCAUUGAUCCGCCAGAGGGAUCUUUGACUCAGAAACUCACAUCUGAAAACAUCAAAUGA